GGCCCCGGCGGCCAGGCGCACUCCUGCACCUCCUGGGGGGCCGUAGCCAGGCAACGCCCGGCGCGCCCGCCCAUCCCCCGCUGCCCUUUUCUCCCUGGUUGGGUGCAAGGGAGCAUGCCAGCGUCUGGCCUCGGCCAACGAAGAGUUAAGCCGAGGGGCGUGGAACUGCCCUCCCCUUGGGGGCGUGCCCCCCUCCCCCGCUAGGCGGCUCGGCCCCCCGCGGUAGAGUAUGGCCCCCGGCCCCGGCCCGGGACCCGAGGUCCCACGCACUGGCCAGUGAAAGACGCCAUCCCCUUCCCGCCCGCCUCUUUCCCUCUCCGGCCAGCACCAUGGGAUGUAAUAUGUGCGUGGUCCAGAAACCGGAGGAGCAAUACAAGGUGAUGCUUCAGGUGAACGGAAAGGAGCUCUCCAAGCUGUCUCAGGAGCAAACCCUAGAGGCCCUGCGCGCCUCCAAGGAGCCCCUGGUGAUCCAGGUGCUGAGACGCAGCCCCCGCCUGAGGGGGGACAGCUCCUGCCAUGACCUUCAUCUGGUGGACAGUGGCACUCAGACCGACAUCACCUUCGAGCAUAUCAUGGCGCUGGGCAAGCUGCGCCCGCCCACCCCACCCAUGGGCAUCCUGGAGCCGUACGUCCUCUCUGAGCUCCCCCCCAUCAGCCAUGAGUAUUAUGACCCAGCGGAGUUCAUGGAGGGCGGCCCGCAGGAGGCAGAGCGUAUGGACGAGCUGGAGUAUGAGGAGGUGGAACUGUGUAAAAGCAGCCACCGAGACAAGCUGGGCCUGAUGGUGUGCUACCGCACAGAUGAUGAGGAGGAUCUGGGAAUCUACGUUGGAGAGGUAAAUCCCAACAGCAUUGCAGCCAAAGACGGCCGGAUCCGUGAGGGAGACCGAAUCAUCCAGAUUAAUGGCAUGGACGUCCAGAAUCGAGAAGAAGCAGUGGCCAUCCUGAGCCAGGAGGAGAAUACCAACAUUUCCCUGCUGGUGGCCCGGCCGGAGAGCCAGCUAGCAAAGCGGUGGAAGGACAGUGACCGAGAUGACUUCCUGGAUGACUUUGGCACUGAGAAUGAUGGGGACCUUCACGCCCGGAAGCUGAAGUCACCCCCUACCCAGCAGUCUCAGCCUGGAAAUGAUGAAGAAAAGGAGGCUCCUCCUGAUGGGGGCCCAGGCCUGAGCAACAGCCAGGAGCUGGACAGUGGGGUGGGCCGGACUGAUGAGAGUACCCAAAACGAAGAGAGCUCUGAACACGACUUGCUGGGGGAUGAGCCCCCCAGCACCACCAACACCCCUGGGAGUCUGUGCAAGUUUGGCCUGCAAGGGGAUGCCCUGCAGAGCCGGGACUUUCACUUCAGCAUGGACUCUCUGCUGGCCGAGGGGGCGGGGCUGGAAGGGGCUGACCUGCCCAGCCUCACUGAUGAGGAGUAUGAUCGCUACCGGGAGCUGCUGGAGAUCAAGUGCCACCUGGAGAAUGGCAACCAGCUGGGCAUCCUCUUUGCCCGGGCCUCCAGUGGCAACAGCGCCCUGGAUGUCAAUCGCAAUGAGAGCCUGGGCCACGAGAUGGCCAUGCUGGAGGAGGAGCUACGGCACCUGGAGUUCAAGUGCCGCAACAUCUUGCGGGCACAGAAGAUGCAGCAGCUGCGGGAGCGCUGUAUGAAGGCCUGGCUUUUGGAGGAGGAGAGCCUCUAUGACCUGGCACCCAGUGAGCCCAAGAAGCAUGAGCUAUCUGACAUCUCUGAGCUGCCAGAGAAGUCAGACAAGGACAGCACCAGCGCCUACAACACUGGGGAGAGCUGCCGUAGCACUCCCCUGCUCGUGGAGCCUAUGCCCGAGAGCCCCCUGAAGCGAUCUGCUGCUGCUGCUGCUGCUGUUGCUGGCAACUCCAACUUGAACCGGACCCCUUCUGGCCCUCCUGUCGCCACCCACCCCAAGGCGGCUCCUUCACCAGGGAGUCCUGCCAAGUUCCGAUCCCUCUCCCGGGAUCCUGAGGUGGGACGGAGACAACAUACAGAGGAGCGUGUCCGACGCAGCCCCAAGACUGGGGUGACCCUGGAGCGUGUGGCCCCUGAAGGCAGUCCUUACCUAUCCAGGCGCCAUCGUGGUCAGGAGAGUGAGCACUAUCACAGCUGUGUGCAGCUGGCCCCACCACGCACCCUGGAGGAGCUGGGCCAUGGCUCCCUGAGCUUGGCUGGUGGCCCUCGGGUGAGUGGGGUGGUGGCUGCUGCUGCUGAAGCACCCCGAAUGGAGUGGAAGGUGAAAGUGCGAAGCGAUGGGACCCGUUAUGUGGCCAAGAGGCCUGUCCGAGAUCGGCUGCUGAAGGCCCGGGCCCUGAAGAUCCGGGAGGAGCACAGUGGCAUGACCAUUGAUGAUGAUGCAGUGAGCGAGAUGAAGAUGGGCCGUUACUGGAGUAAAGAAGAGCGGAAGCAGCACCUGAUCCGAGCACGGGAGCAGCGGAAGCGGCGUGAGUUCAUGAUGCAGAGCCGCCUGGAGUGUCUGAAGGAGCAGCAGAAUGGCAAUAGCAAGCCUGAGCUCAACAUCAUUGCACUGAGCCACCGCAAGACCAUGAAGAAGAAAAACAAGAAGACCCUGGACAACUGGAUCACCAUCCAGGAGAUGCUGGCCCACGGUGCCCGCUCAGCUGAUGGCAAAAGGAUCUACAACCCUCUGCUCUCAGUCACCACAGUCUGAGCUGCCCCAGCAGGAGCCUGGCCCAGGCCCAGACAGCCCAACCCUCACCCUCCCUUAGAAUCUAGUGUGUGAGCGUGUGUGUGCUUGCACGCUGUGCUCAUGCACACUCUUCCCCGUCUUUGUGUGUGUGUGUGUGUGUGCGCGCGUAGGAAUUUGGUAAUAGAAAGACCCAAGAAGGGACACUUCUCUUCCGUCUACUCCCUUCUCCCCAAGAGGCUACGCCGACAGCCAGCAUCGAGGGCACACAUGUAAGGGGCACUCAUGUGCAUAUGCAUGCACAUAAUAUACAUGCAGUGCUCUUAAUGUGUUCUUGGAGACAGGGAAGUCAAUGCAGAGAGGUGAGGUGGGCUAUCCUAAGCACAAGAGGAUGUCCAACUUCACUGCUGAGCACAGCCUCUCCCUGCCCCUGGGAGCUGCAGUUAUUUGUAGACAAAGGCAACCCCGAAUUUUGUGGUUUUUUCUCCUUUUCUGUGCUUGCCAAUAGUUGUUUUUGUUCUGUGGAUCUGCUCUGGGGGCUGGCAGCUCCUUUAGGCAGCCUGACAAAGGUGGACCCCACCAAGUGCUGGCUGGGAAGGAGGUGGGGGGGAGGAAGAGAGGGAGGGUUGAGUGGGAGGGAAAGGGAGGGGAUGGGGAGGAAUGGGAAGCAGCUGUCCUGGUGGCCUCUACUCUGAGGGGUGGCUGGGAGUCUCUACCUUGGCUUUCAAGGCUCACCUCUGGGGCCCAUCUCCUUCCCCAAUGACCCAAGGAGAGUGAGAUUGCAGGGAUUGUGGUGGCAGUGUCCAUCCAAAAAGAAUCCACUGAGCCAGGUGUGGUGGCACACGCCUUUAGUCCCAGUGCUCCCUUUAAUCCCAGCACUUGGGAGGCAGAGGCAGGCAGAUGUCUGAGUUUGAGGCCAGCCUGGUCAACAUAGCGGGUUCCAGGCCAGGUGGGGCUACAGGGAGACCCUGUCUUUAAAAGACAAAAAAAAAUCCACUGAACCCUGACCUGUGCCAUCUGAAGCAUGGCCAUCUUUCUCACUGGCCUGAGCAUGGAGCUUUGAUGUCCAAGGGUUUGAGAAGUUAAGCCCCUUGAGCAACAGGAAGACCUCAGGUCACAUGGCCUGGAGAGGACGUGGUUGGGGUCUGGAUCCAGCGUCAGGAAGGUGGGCUGAGAGGGAGAUGCCCAGUCCUCUUCCAGGUGAUUGAUGCAAUUUGCAAUGUGCCGCCUGUUUGAUGCCCCUCAGGCUUGAUAAAGCCCAGAUUGGAGGCCAUAGGAUGCCCUUGCCCCCACCUGCAUCUCAUAAAUAAAGCAAGCUGCCUUU